AUGAUUCAGUACCGAUGCAGAGAUAUUUGUACUGAAAACUGUGGAUACCUGACUGGGACCAUGAAGUUCACUGCAUUGCUGUUUCUCACUUUGAUACCAACUUUGCUGACACAAACUGCAUCGAUAGUGAUGAAAGCUGCAGUGGGGGAAACCAUCACUGUGGAAUGUUCACAGGCAGCACAGUACCAAGGAUACUCUUACAUCAUAUGGUGUAAGGCAACUUCCAAAACUAACUGCAAUCCUGUAGUGAGCACCCAGAAUCAUCAGAUCAAGAAAUCUAAUGGAACAACAUCGAUAGCUACUACCAAUGGGUUAAGUUCUGUAACCAUUCAACAACUUCAGGAGAUAGAUACAGGAACAUACUGGUGUGUGGGUGAUUUUCAAGGCUCUUUCCACGUUUUGGAUGUUAUAUUACUGAAGGUUUUGUCCGAUUCAUGGAAACCAGCUCGACCAGAGAUCAGUGGUGUAAGGGGAAAUAUCGCCACUGUACCGUGCCUGUACACGGACAAGGAGAUACGUUAUAAGAAAUUCUUGUGCAAAGUAACCUCUGUAAAUAAAUGCACUAUUAUUGCCAGCUCUGAUGGGAAUUUGGGAAAUCUGUAUAAUGGGAGUGUUGCAAUCAUUACUAAUAAUUCUCAUAAUCUUACCAUUACCAUGAGCAACUUUAGUAAAGGAGAUGAAGGAGAAUACUGGUGUGGAGCAGUAAAAGUAGUUGACAUAAAGAUUGUUCAGGUAAAAAACCUGACAAUUGCUGAAGGAAAUCCAACAGUAUUCAGCGAUGCCCCAAGAGAUAUCACCCCACAAACGUGGUACAUCAUCCUCACAGUUUUUCUGGGACUAUUAAUCUUAUUGCUGCUGGUUCUGUUUAUACUGAGAAAGAAAAGGCUGAGACCAGCCAAAGCUGAGGGUAAAAAUGAAAAUCCAGAAUCCCCCACCCUGACCAGUAAGUUUGACAGGGAAGCUGAAGACAUGGUCAUUUAUUCCACUGUGACCAUUGAACCUUCUGAUCAAACAAAGGGAAAUUCUACCACUUACGCCAAUCUGGAGGAUUUGAAAGAGCAACAGGGCAGCACCAAGAUCAGUUCUUCAGAAACAGUGGAAUAUUCCGCACUGGCGUUCAGAUCCUAGUGAAAUGACACCCCGAGUCUAAAACAGCACUCUAUAAAUAUUGAAGCAAAACACUGCAGAUGCCUUAAAUCUGAAAUAAAAACAAAACACUGGAAAUACUCAGGACAUCUGGCAGCAGCAGUGGAGUGAGAACCAGAGUUAAGAGCUGGAAUUUUACAUACCCUGGGAGAAAGCUGCCAGCUGGUGUCAAGUCAGGUACCAUGGCAGCAAUGCCAUGCCUGCUGCCACUGGUAUUUUACCACCAGGGUGCAGGUGUCAGGUGGUCCACCUGCCCUUGAGCCAACUAAGGGGCUCCUCCCACCACUGCCAUUAUUUUUCCAGCGACAAGGGGGUUCUCAGGCCACGUGUUGAGGCCGCCAGUGACACCUGCUGGCCUCGUUCCGGGCUGAGGUGAGCACCCCUCCUGUGUGGGUACCUCAUUCCUAAUGGUGCACAUCCCACUACCCCCUCCUGAACCCGGUCCGCCUGGCCCAUCAAUAUCCCACCCAUUUCUUAAUCCAUAUCCUUGACUCCUCCACAUCGGGGAAGGCCUGCAGUCCCAGCAGUGGCCACUGCUCUUGGUAUCCUGCUCCAGCCAAGAACUGAUAGCCAUCCGACUGGUCAACAUAUCUCAGAUGGGGGUGGAAGUCUGACCUGAGACAAUUAACAGCCUAAAAGCUGUCAAAUCAGCUCAGGUCAAGUAGA